AUGUCCUCACACCUCAGCUAACAACAAGGCGGCCCUCUUUCAUCACUUGAUCGUAGUCAACCAAGAUUUCUUCUUAUAAAGAUAUUGCACAUCUUCUACUCAUAACUUAAAAACUGACUCUGAAGACCUUAUAGGAGUUAAAUAGACGGCAGAUAGUUAGCCGCUGGAAAAGAGGCGUGUGUUGUUGUGUAAUGGAGCUGCUUAUCAAUGUGGCCAGCAGGUAAUACUGGGUUUGCACACAUGAAGGGGCCUCUCCUGGUCACAAAACUCUUGUCGUGCUGUGAGUGUCGCAGUUAUUUGACACUGAACAGGUGCUAAACUAAGCCAAACACAGAGAAAUCAAUGGCUCAUCCCCUCCUGUGAUAAGAUUACAUCAAAUACUAUGACAGUUCCCUCAAAUCACGAAAGAAUUGCGAAUUAAGGGGAUGUCAAUUCUAAAGGAAUGAUAGUCUGUGGAAAAGAAAUGACAAUGGAUUGGUUGUCGCCACAAGAAGAGCUUAUGGUUUCAAUAGAUUAUUCAUCGCCUCAGAUCAAAUAUCGGUGGAUACGACAAAGAAAUAGGUCCUCGUGACCACGUGAUUCACACUAGCACUGCGUCGUCAUGGCGACGAGUGAGUCGUCUGGCGCAGGGAUGUCAGACGAAUGCGUGCGCGUAAUAGCUCGCUGCAGGCCGCUGGACUAUAACGAGAUCAAAAUGAAAACCGAAAUAAUCGUUAGCAUCGAUUCCUCACUGCGGCAAUGUUCGCUGCGGAAACCCGGGGAUCCUGCCAAGAUGCGCAAAGUUUUCACAUUUGAUGGGGUGUACGGCUCUCAGUGCAACACGGAGAAGUUAUACUCGGAGAUAGUGCAUCCUAUAGUAGAUGGAGUUCUCGAGGGGUAUAACGGCACGGUGUUCGCGUAUGGCCAGACGUCCUGUGGUAAAACGUUCACCAUGCAAGGCAGUGCCCAGCCCGAGAGCCAGGUGGGUAUCACCCCGAGGUGCUGUCGACACAUUCUGAACAGCAUGCAGGGUAAGGGCCGGCGCAGGAACCGCGAGUACCUGCUCCACGUUUCCUACCUCGAGAUUUAUAACGAAGAGAUCAGGGACUUGCUGGUGAAAAACACGAGGAGUAAUUUGGAAAUCAAGGAGCACCCUGACAAGGGUAUGUACGUGAAAGGGCUAUCCAGCAUUACGGUGGAUUGCUAUGAGGACAUAGCGGAGAUUCUCGAGAUCGGUAGCGCAAAUCGCUCGGUAGGCUCCACGUGCAUGAAUACAGACUCCUCGCGGUCACACUCUAUCUUUAUCAUUGACUUACAAGUAAACGUGAACAAGGGAGGGGAGGGCGAAUGCGUGAGGAACGGGAAACUCAACUUGGUGGACUUAGCUGGUAGCGAACGACAGAGUAAGUCUGGAGCUACCGGGGAGCGCUUUCGAGAGGCGACCAAAAUCAACCUGUCAUUGUCGGCACUUGGGAAUGUCAUAUCUGCCCUUGUGGAUGGCAAAUCCAAACACAUCCCAUACAGGGACUCUAAACUUACCAGACUUUUGCAAGACUCCCUAGGCGGAAAUUCUAAGACACUUAUGGUGGCGUGUAUUAGCCCAGGCUCGAAUAAUUACGAAGAGACUUUGAGUACAUUGCGGUACGCUAAACGAGCUAAAAACAUUAAGAAUCGUCCGCGGAUAAACGAGGAUCCAAAAGACUCGCUGAUCAGAAAGUAUCUGGAAGAAAUCCAGCAACUAAAGAAGAUAAUUGCUAAGGAGGUCGAGAUGCCUUCUCAUCUCGCGUCGGAAAUUGCAGUCUUGCAGCGAAGAGAGCCGAGCGGAGCGUCACCAAAGCAUCUCCAAAAGCGAUUAGGGAGCGUCAGUACAACGACUACCACCAUUCAGCAGUACCAAACAGAGCUCAUAGAAACAGAGAUCACCCAUGCGCUAGACACACAGACCUCCAGGCUUGAAAAACAAGUCCAGAAUCUUAAAACUCAACUAACAGUUCAACGGCGGAUUGAGUACGAGGCCAGGAGAACAGUGGUAGAGAGCUGUGAGCGAGAGUUGGCUCUCAUGAAAACACGACGCGUGGCAGACGGCUGUAGCCAGCUCGCGUCACGUGAUCACAGGCCCGAAACACGUGAUAGCUACUCACGUGAUCACGGACCGGAAGUAGGACUUAGUUCGCGUACUAUUGGCACAUCCACGGAGGACCUCUCGAGUCCUGGGACUGAUUCGGAUACGUUUGACCCCGAUAUUGAUUCCUGGAGUAUUCGUGAGAACAUGUUGUGUCGAGAUCCCGGGGAUGGUCGGUCAAGGAGCGUGUCCCCGUAUAUACGGGAUUCUUCCAGGCAGUCCAGGUCAACCCCUCAAGGAAAGACAACUUUUCUUCUUGACGAAGAGGGCCCUGUAUCAACUGGACUCUGCACCGCGUUUUGUCCUCGCAUCUCAUUCUUCGGCGAAAGGUUCUUCUUACAGGACAAACCUAUAUAACGUGCAAUGCGCAACGUGUUUGGAGUGUCAAAGCCUUUUAUACAUCGGAAAAUACAUGAUAUACUUUGUUUGUAGCAUAUUUUUUUAUUUGUUAUUUGUAAUAAAAUUACGGCGAGCCCA